AUGUCGGAUGCGAUUCAGAACCUGGGCGGCGGAGGUGCCGCGACGCCCUGGGCUGUCAACGCCGCGACGGCCGCCUCGUACGUGGCUGUGUUUGCCGUCUCCAUCCUCGGUGGCCCCCUCGCCAGCCGCGUGGGCAUCCGCACGCUGCUCAUCUUCGGCGCCAUGACGUUCCCCAUCAAUGCUUCGUCGUACUACGUCAACCUCAAGUACAAGGUCCAGUGGUACCUCGUCCUCGGCCGCACCAUCUACGGCCUGGGAUUCGGGGCCUGGUACGUGGCCGAGGCGGCCAUCAUCCUCAGCUACCCCGAGGAGGGCCGGCGCGGGAGCUACCUGGCCAUCUGGGUCAUGAGCCGCAACCUGGGCCAGCUCGUCGGCGGGUCCAUCAACCUCUCGCGCAACAUCCACAACGCCAAGGCGGGCGCCGUCGCCACGUCGACGUUUCUCAUCUUCAUCGUCAUCGAGGCCCUCGCCUUUCCCAUCUCGUGGCUCAUCUCGCCCUCGGACAAGGUCAAGAAGUCGGACGGGACGCAGGUCAAGCUGGCGCCCAAGCGGUCCUGGAGCGAAGAGUUCCGCCUGCUGUGGGCCUCGCUGACCCAUCGACGGACCCUCUGCCUGUCCGUCUACUUCUUCUACUCGUACUUCUACGGCGGCGUGCUGGGCACCUACCUCUCGCUGCACUUUAGCGUCCGUGCCCGCGCGCUGUCCACGCUCAUCGUGCCGCUCGGCAUCAUCCUCUUCGUCUUCCUCCUCGGCCUCGUGCUCGACAGCCAGAAGAUGACGCAGCGGCGGCGCGCCCAGGUCGGCUUUGUGAUCGUCAUGGUGCCCACCAUCGCCGCCUUCAUCUGGCUCACCAUCAACCAGGCCCACUACGACGGCAAGAGCACGGGCAAGCUCGACUGGACGUCGGCUGGCUGGGCCAACGCCUACCUGCCCUUCUACAUCCUCCAGAUCACCGGCUACAUGUGCCAGACGUACAUCUACUGGCUCAUCUCGUGCUUCUCCGACGACGUCACGGCCAAUGCGCGCAACGGCGGCGUCUUUCGCGCCAUCGAAGCUGCUGGCCAGGCCGUCUCGUACGGGCUCAACAGCAAGGUGCAGCGCGUCAUCAUCUCCAUCUCGAUCAACUUCUUUCUGUGCAUGCUCGCGCUGCCAGGCUGCAUCGCCGUGAUCCAGACGGUGCCGCUGUACCGCGAGGACGCCAAGCAGGUGCAGCCGCGCCAGGAUCAGCAGGAGCAGCGGGAGCAGGAGCAGGAGCAGGAGCAGGAGCAGGAGCACAGCGUCGACAGCAAGAACAUCGCCUGA